AAGUAAUUAAUUAUUGAUAAUCCUUUUAUAUGGUAAAUAAUAUUUGUAAUCAGUGUUACUUAUAUACAGCUUUGCAUAAAAAAAGCAAAUUAAAUAAAACUAUAAACAAAAAUAAAUUAUAAUUUAAAAUAGAAUUCAAAUAUUAUUUGUAAGAUUAUUUUGAAUUUGGAUUAAAUGAGUAAUGGUUAUAAGGAUUAUAGUAGAGAUUAUAGCGCUAUUUAAAAUGCUGGACACAAUUUAGUAUCAAAUAGAGGUUACUCUGCUUAUAAAUAUAAUAGAUAUCCUAAUCCUCAAGAUUAUAAUUAUGGGUAUAAUAGAAAUGUAAAAACUAAUUAGUUAUCCAACGAAACAUCUAGAUACGAUGAAUUAGAUAUAUUAGACUAAUUUUCACAGCCACUUCUUUAGAAGUAAGGAGGUGAUGUUAUGGGUAACCUUUCUUCAAUAUAAAUGGGAUAAAAUAAAAGAAAUGACAUUCCUUAAAUUAGAGGAUCAAGUGCUAAUCCUAGAAAUAUUUUGCCUAAUAAUAGAAAUCCUUAUCCUCCUCAACCACCACCUCCUUCUUUUUAGCAAUAUCCAUCAUAUAAUUACUAAUAGCCUCCGCCUUAUAGUUAGUUUAAUCCUAAAUAAGAACAGUCAGAUUAAGUUGCCAAAUUAUUAUAACAGUAAUUAGACAAACAGAAUGAAAUCCUAUCUUAGUUAGCAAAUAAUUUAGAUAAGAGUAGAAAUGCUUAAAUGAAUCAAUAAAGCUAAGCUCCUUAACCUGAUUAUAGCUAAAAACUUAGAGAUAUUGAAAAAGAGUAUGAGAUGAUGAAUGAAAUAUAAAAUUUAAGAAGAGAAAUUGGCUCUAUUGUUAACUAGAAAAAUUAGAUCAACCCUUUAAUUUAGUAAUAGUAAUAGUAAUUUUAAAUGAUGUAGAUGCAAUAAAUGAUGAUGAACCCAUAUAUGAAUCCUAUGAUGAUGAUGUUAAUGAAUUAAAUGAACCAGUAAAAUCCUAACUAAAAUUUACAGCCUCCUCAACAGCCAUUUUAAAAUGUGCCACCUCCUUUUUAUCCUUUCUAAAAUUCUCCUCCUCCUCCAUAAUAAAAUAAAUAUGAAAAUGAAAAUCGAUUGGAAGAACUAUUAAAAUAAUUACUGAAAGAAAAAGCUCUAAAUAAUAUGCAGUAGAGUUAAUAAAUUCCUUAGUAUUAAGAUAAUAGAUUUAAUUACUAAAAUAGAGGAAUUCCAUCUAGAUAGCCUUAUCCUAAUUAAAAUGAUUAAUAAAUUAAUUUUAGUGAACCAUCUGAAUAUAUAUAAAACUAAUACUAGCCUAUAUAAAAUACUUAGCCUUCAUAAAAAACAAGAACACAAAUGUCUAAUCAAAAACCAAGAAAAGUAGAUACAAGUCGUUUCAGAAAGAAAAUUUGUAAAGUUGUAUUGUUUCUUAGGUGGUUAAAACAAGAAGUUAUAAAAUCAAAGAAACAAUUUAAAUAAUAUGAGGUGGAAGAGUUUUCAAAUGAUUAUUUAAAAGCUUAAUAAGAUGCUUUACCUUGGUUAACUAACUCUUCAACAAAAGCCUUAUAAUAAAUAGUAAUUAAUUGCAAAAAAGAACAAGACAUAACUGAUUUAGUUGUUAAAAAGCUUAAUGCCAAAGAGUAAGAAUCACGUUUUAAUGCUUAUACAGAGGAGUGCAAUACUAUUCUCGAUGAAAUGACAAAAACUAUUGAUAACAUACCAGAAUCUGUGAGCCUUUUUAUUGUGAAAAAGUUUUAUGACAAUAGCUACUUCUCAAAUAACCCAUUUUAUUUGUUUGAAUUUGAAAUUGACAGACUUGAAUUUGAUCAAAACGAUUAAAGGCUAAUUAAUAUUGACAAUUUUCCUGAUUCUCCUAGAUUUAAAAUGCUUUUGCUAAUAUAUAUUUUUAUAAAAAUUUAUUUACCAUCUUUAUUGAUAAAACCUUGGGAAUAGAAUUUAGAUCCCAGUAUUAGAAUGAUCGAAAACUAUAUAACUACAAAAAAAUUUUCUAUUCUUUGCUCUAUUAUGUAUCAUUAGAUUAUGGACUAUUUAAAAAUCAAUGUUCCUUUAGUUUAAAGAAAGCCUAAUGAAGUUACUUGGGCACCUAUUCCAAAAACUUAAAUUAUAAAUAACAGCAAAUAGGUUUAAUUGUAACCUUUGGAUAGUACAAAAGAAGAGCUAUUAACAUUGGCUAUAAAUAGAGAUUAACUUUCAACUUUUUACAGUAAAAAAUAAUAAUGGAUUGAAUAAUUUAGACAAAAACUUGAUCUGUAUGCUAAAACUGUGAGACAGAAGCUUUAACAGCAAAGGAUAGCAUAUUUAGAAAUAAGAAAAGAGCUUUUACAAGACAAAGCUAAAGAUUUAUAGAAAAUCAUCCCAUAAAACCUUAGAAAUGUUUAACUAAAAAAUUGA